CUGCGUUCACACUGCAACAACAAGGAAAAGAAGAAGAAGAAGAAGACGAAGGCUCUGACGCAGGAAACAGGAAGUGGUUUUGUGAAGGAAGCUUGGAGCACAUAAACAACACGGACAACACAGCAGAAAUAUUUAUAUACAUUCGCAACAAUGGCCGGAGUCAAAGCACUGCUCGGUUUGUCCUUCAGUGGAGCCAUUGGGCUGACGUUUCUUCUGCUUGGCUGUGCCCUGGAACAGUACGGGGUUUACUGGCCACUGUUUGUACUCAUCUUCUACAUAUUAAGUCCCAUCCCGACCUUCAUAUCCCGACGCCUCAGCGAUGACACGGACUCUUCCAGCAAUGCAUGCCGAGAGUUGGCCUACUUCUUAACCACCGGCAUUGUAAUAUCAGCUUUUGGGCUUCCUGUUAUUCUGGCUCGCGUCAACACAAUCCAAUGGGGCGCCUGCGGUCUGGUCAUGACUGGAAACGCUGUCAUCUUUCUCACCAUUCUUGGCUUUUUUGUUGUGUUUGGAGGUGGGGAUGACUUCAGCUGGGAGCAGUGGUAAAGGACAGAGCGCAGACACGAGGAAGGGAAGGUCGGAUUGAUGAUAGGUUGGUAAGGUUGGUGAAAGGUGGAGUAGAUUAACGUUGCGUACAAUAAGGCGGGUUUGUCCUGGACUCGGUGGGAAUAAUGUUAAGGCUGCAAAAAAAUGUCACAUUUACUGGGCGUGUUAUCAUGCUGACGUUUGUGUAACCCAUGAUCCUGUUUAGUGCCUUAUGUCUGGGGGACCAGGUGAAGACAGAUGUCUAUAGCCUGCUUAUGCUUUAUUACUGUCCAUCUAUUUUACCUUUUCUUUGACUUUUUUUUUUUUUUUUGUAUCUCCAAAACCCUGUUCGUUGCUGCCUGCUAUUUUGUUAUACUUAACAACAGGAUAUUAUACUAAAAUGACCAUAGUACACCACUUGGUUCACUGGAUUAUCCAUACCAGCUUUCCAAACAUUUAAUUAUUUCAAGUUACGCUAACCUUCCGUGCACUCAUUUAUCUAGUUCAAAAAAAUUAGUAAUUCCAUUAGAAAAUAAUCAUGGCGUCUCUCAUGUUCUCUUGCAAUUGUUUACAAACACACACCAAAGAUCGUCUAAGACUACAAAACAUGAAUGUUCUCGAUUAAACAAAAGGCUUGGAUUCAUUUAAUAUAACUGCUUCUGGAAUGUCACUUUUUUUUCUUUUUUUUUUAAUAUUCCAAGAUGUUCUACAUCUGGCUUGUCACAGUUGGCACUUUAAACACACAUUAACUCACAGUAGCAUCCCUAGAAUCUUAUGGUUGCCUGCGCUUCUGGUCAUGCAUGCAAACGACACAAUAGGUGGAACAGUAGUGUGUAUGGGUUGUUGGGUUUUUUUUUUGGACACUAGGCCAGCGUUUCCCAAACUUUCUUUUCUGUGGAUGCAUAUUUUAAAAGUCACAAACCUUCGCGACCCAAGUCAAUAGACAUGUUUCGUAAACUCCCAGUCUUUGGGAAACUCUAGUCCCCCCCCCUCCAAAAAAAAUUGGACAUUAUUAGAUGCUUUGAAGUUUGUCACAGAGAUACUUGCUUGCCAACAGCAAAAUAGCUUAUGGUGUUCUCAAAUUUCCCUGAGACAUUUCCCUAAGAUUCAUUGAAUUUUACGGAGGAAAAAAAAACAAAACAAGUGACAGCACUGACCCGCUCACAAAAAAAAAAGGAUUUUUAUAAUACUAACAAGUUAAUGUGUUGUAAAUUAUAUUUUUUACAUGUCGAGUUUAAAACCUUUCACGUCGUACUUGGUCCUAAGGGGAAGGCCUUAACUUUCAAACAUUGUAUCACAAGUGCCUAUGUAAACUGAUAAAAGCUGAAGUCUGAAGACUUUAGCCAAAUGAAAAUGUGUUUCCAGGCAACUGAAAUAUAUUACUCUUGGGUUUAAAUAGCGCCUUUGUGUUAACUGUUUUCCUUCAAUGUUUUUAUCCCUACUUUAGAGACUAUCAGACCUGAUGUGUUUUUGAACCUUUUUUUUUUUUUUGAACACUGAGUGUCCUGUAUACUUUCAUUUUGUUUCCUUAAUGUCCAAUAUGCAAGUGCUUUACAUGAAAUGUCUUAUAUCAUCUUAUAUCCCGUCUUGAGCUAAAGGGUUUGUUCUCUCUAUUCUCCUUGGAACACUAAGUUUGCUAAAAUAAAGGUUCAUCUAAGAGCUCUUGAAUGGCUGA